GACGAAUCUUUGGGUGCCGUGGUUCGAGAAGAAAACGACGUAGUUUCUGUGCUUUGUUGGUGGUUCUUCUUAUUGUUCUUGCUUUGCUUUCACAGUAAGCAGAGUUAAAAAAUUCAUAGCUAGAAAUCAAAAGCAGAAAAAAAUCCCUGGCAAAAGAAGUGGAAGAAAUAAGAAUUCGAGGAUAUUCUUUUGUGGGUUUUGAUUAGUUCACGAAUUGGUGAACCAAAGUCUUGUUUUUUUCUUGUUAAUAUAAGAGGGGUUUUGUGAUUAAAUUUUGAGGACCCUUUUCUGAAGAGGAUACAGAAAGGUAGAGAGAGAUAUGCAGACAGAGGCAAGAGUGGGAGUGGUGGUAGAGGGAGGAACGAGGGCUAUCAAUUCGCAGAAGAAACAGCAAAGGCCAGUGCAACAGCAGCAAUCGCAGAUCGGAACAGUUUCGCAGCUCAUGGCCGGUGGUGUGGCCGGUGCUCUUAGCAAGACUUGCACUGCACCCCUUGCUCGCCUCACCAUACUUUUUCAGGUGCAAGGAAUGCACUCUGAUGUUGCAACAUUGAGAAAGGCUAGCAUAUGGCAUGAGGCUUCUCGAAUACUAAGGGAGGAAGGAUUUAGAGCUUUCUGGAAGGGGAAUCUCGUCACAAUUGCUCAUCGGCUUCCUUACUCUUCUGUCAACUUUUAUUCAUAUGAACGCUAUAAAAAGUUACUACAUAUGGUACCUGGACUAGAAAGCCACAGGAAAAGUGCGGGUGGAGAUGUCUUUGUUCAUUUUGUAGGUGGUGGUAUGGCUGGAAUAACAGCAGCAUCUGUUACAUAUCCAUUGGAUCUUGUAAGAACACGCCUUGCGGCUCAGACAAAUGUGAUCUAUUACAGAGGUAUAUUGCAUGCAUUACGAACAAUUAGCAGAGAGGAGGGUGUUUUGGGACUCUACAAGGGACUUGGAGCCACACUUUUGGGUGUUGGGCCUAAUAUAGCUAUCAGCUUUUCAGUGUAUGAGACCUUACGAUCUUUUUGGCAAUCACACAGGCCCCAUGAUCCUACUGUUGCAGUGAGUUUGGCUUGUGGUAGUCUAUCAGGCAUUGCAUCCUCAACAGUAACAUUUCCUCUUGAUCUUGUGAGACGACGGAAGCAAUUGGAAGGGGCAGGAGGACGGGCCCGUGUUUACACAACAGGUCUUUUUGGCACAUUCAAGCACAUAAUCCGCACUGAGGGCUUUUGGGGUCUAUAUAGAGGCAUCAUGCCUGAAUACUACAAAGUCGUGCCUGGUGUUGGCAUUUGUUUCAUGACCUAUGAGACUUUGAAAUUGCUGUUAGCGGAUGUUAAUGCCAAAUUAUAGCUGCUGUGAGUGGAUCUCGGAGGUUGAUGUGCAAACGGAACAAUCAAGAACUGUUGCGCAAAUAACAUGUUCGGGUGUACUCGAUAUGUAUUCUCAUGGUGGUUAAUUUUGUGAUGCUACUGUGAGAAUCAUAUUAUUCUGUGUACAUAGGUCAAAGCUCAACCUAUUUCAAGCGUAUCCUUAACAGUUUGUCCUAACAGUUCACAGAAAUUAAUACCAUUGGUGAUCCUUUUUCACUAGUCCAGUUUCUUAUCACCCUCAUCGGACAUGCAACUGACAUAGUGGGUUGAAGACAUUUGCAGUUUCAUCAUCUCCAUCAGCUUGUGAAACUACAUCCAGUUGCAACUCAAAAUGAUCAGUCAUUUUUUGGUAUUUUCCACAAAUUUUGUUUUGAUGCCUAAGACAAUUCCCUAAACCAAAUUCCUAUUUUUACGUAUUUCCAAUGUAUUCAUUCAGGCAUUUUGAAUUGUGCAAGGAGAAUUGUUUGUCUUAAAUCUUAUAUGAGUGCAGUACUUUUAAUAGCCUUUGGCAUCGUCUUACCAAGUCGUGUAUUGUAUUGACAGCAUUGCAGUGAUUUGUUCCUUGAA